CUCCUCCUCCUCCUCCUCGCCUGUCUUUUUCUGGCCUCUGCAAAGCGAACGAAAGGUAGCAGCCCGCUGCAACCAGGAAGACGAGUGGACGCCGACCGCUCGACCGUCGUCUUUUUUCGCCUUUCGAGUCCAUUUUGAAGCCGCCGAGAUGUCGGUCGCGGGCUUGAAGAAACAGUUCCACAAAGCCACGCAGAAAGUCAGCGAGAAAGUGGGCGGCGCCGAAGGGACCAAGCUGGACGAUGACUUCAAAGAAAUGGAGAAGAAAGUCGACGUGACGGGUCGAGCGGUUCUGGACAUUAUGACCAAAACUACUGAGUACCUGCAGCCCAAUCCGGCCUCCAGAGCUAAGCUCAGCAUGAUCAACACUAUGUCCAAAAUUCGCGGCCAGGAGAAGGGACCGGGAUACCCGCAGGCCGAGUCGGUCCUUGGGGAUGCCAUGUUGAAGUUCGGACGGGAACUCGGGGAUGACUCCUGCUUCGGCCUAGCAUUGAUAGACGCGGGCGAGGCAAUGAAGGAGCUGGGCGAGGUAAAGGACGCUCUGGACAUGGAGGUGAAACAGAACUUUAUUGAUCCUCUUCAGAACCUCCACGACAAAGACCUAAAGGAGAUCCAGCACCACCUGAAAAAGAUGGAAGGUCGACGUCUGGACUUUGACUACAAGAAGAAGCGUCAGGGAAAGGUGCAGGACGACGAGAUCAAACAAGCGCUGGAGAAGUUCGACGAGAGCAAGGAGAUCGCCGAGCAGAGCAUGUUCAAUCUUCUGGAGAGCGACAUAGAACAGGUGAGUCAGCUGGCGGCGCUGGUCCAGGCCCAGCUAGAGUACCACAGUCGCACCGCUCAGAUCCUCCAGCAGCUCUCCAGCAAGAUGGACGACAGGAUAAAGGAAGUGUCCAGCAAGCCCAGGAAGGAGUAUGUUCCAAAACCACGUAUGACCUUGGAGCUGCUCCCACCUAGUGAGAGCCACAACGGUGGCCUCCACUCUGCAAAAUCCCCCGGAAGAUCACCAGCGCCACUGGACCAGCCGUGCUGCCGGGCGCUUUACGAUUUUGAGCCGGAGAACGAAGGCGAACUGGGCUUCAAGGAGGGCGACGUGAUCACGCUGACCAAUCAGAUUGACGACAACUGGUACGAAGGGAUGAUCCACGGCCACUCGGGCUUUUUCCCCAUCAACUACGUCGACAUCCUGGUGCCACUCCCGCAUUAAGGCGCCGCCGUCGCUACGAUCCCGUUCCGGCAUCCUCCUCUUCUUCCUCCUCCUUCUCCGUAUUUUUCCUCUUCCUCUUCUUCUGCUGCGCUUUGUGACACUGAGUCGCGGGACACGAGGGGAAGAAGAGCGAGCAAAUGACCACGUGAUGAUGCCGCGCCGAGCAGGCUAGCGCCAACUGAGCAGGCUAGCCCCAGCGCGCGUGUGUGUAUGUGUGUCGUCUUGUUCACGUCGUUCCUGUCGAGGCGCCGUCGCAUGGCUCUGGCCUGGUCUUCUUUUCCUGAUUCUUUGGGCUGUUUGCAUGAGCUAGCUCCUGAAGUGAAGCAGCAAUGCAUCCUGGGACCACAGCUACUCAGCAAUAAGGGGGUGGGCAGACGCUUUGUGUCCAGAGGCUGCUUGUCGACUCGUUUUUCUAUGUGGCUUUUGCAUGCGGGACAGAUUGACUGAUUGGUGUUACAUGUGUCACAAGGUCACAGUGGUGAAUUGUGAGUGAUUUUGUGGCAAAAGCAGCAGUAGUCGUGGCUUCGUUAAACAUCACAAGUCAAUUUCUAGCAGCUGUAUUCAACUUAAAUGGCGAUACGGACCACUUGGGUGUACUCUGUACUGUAUAUUCCCUUGGUUGUGGUCGUCUUGCGUGCAUGCCGGCAUCUCCCACAUCCAACAGGAAUCUAAACAGUGUUCCGCCGUGCUAACGGUACUGUAUUCAAUGUUAGCGGCGGUCGCUAAUGGUGAAUGUGUUCACGUACUGAGCGAGUAUUUUGCACUGUGGCGGGAAGUAACCAAGUACAAAUGCUCCGUUACUGCACUUGUGUAGAUUUUUCUGGUAUUUGUAUUUUACUUUGACUCCCUACAUUGAAAAUAGAAAACAGAACUCAUUGGAAACCAGAGUUCCUUGAAAAAUGAGUUGUUUUCACUACAGUAACUUUGGUAUAUUAACAUUUACAUGACUCAGAUACAUCAUCAACAACCUUCCUGUUGUACAAACGGCUUUAAUGUUACUUCAUGAUUUAAUAUUAAUGCCACUGACAGCGAUACAGUGGUAUAAAAAAGUAUCUGAACCUUUUGGAAUUUCUCACAUUUCUGCAUAAAAUCAAAAUCAAAUGUUAUUUGUUCUGUGUCAAAACCACACAGAUGAAAAAAACAGUGUCUGCCUUAACUAAAACCACCCAAACAUUUAUAGGUUUUAAUAUUUUAAUGAGAAUAGUAUGCGAAAAAUGACAGAAGGGAGAAAAAUAACUAAGUGAACCAUCACAUUUAAUAUUUUGUGCCCCCCCUUUGCAGCAAUAACUUCAACCAGACGCUUCCUGUAGCUGCAGAUCAGUCUGGCACAUCGAUCAGGACUCAUCGUGGCCCAUUCUUCACUACAAAACUGCUGUGCUUCAGUCAGAUUCCUGUGAUGUCUGGCAUGAAUCGCUGUCUUUAGGUCAUGCCACAGCAUCUCAAUGGGGUUUAUGUCUGGACUUUGACUUGGCCACUCCAGAAUGUGUAUUUUGUUCUUCUGAAUCCAUUCUGAAGUUGAUUUACUUCUGUGUUUUUGCAUCCACCCUAUUUUUAGCUUCAACUGUCUAACAGACGGCCUCAGUUUUUUAAGCAAAACAUACUGACAAACUUCUGAAUUCAUUCUUCCAUUAAUGGUUGCAAGUUGUCUAGGCCCCGAGGCAGCAAAACAGCCCCAAAUCAUGAUGCUCCCUCCACCAUGCUUCAUGGUGGAGAUGAGGUGUUGAUGUUGGUGAGCUGUUCCAUUUUUCCUCUACACAUGACGUUGUGUGCUACUCUCAAACAUCAGUCCACAAAAUAUUUUGCCAAAACUUCUGUGGAGUGUCCAAGUGCCUUUUUGUGAACAUUAAGCGAGCAACAAUGUUUUUUUAGACAGCAGUGGCUUCCUCCGUGGAAUCCUCCCAUGAAGACCAUUCUUGACCAUAGUUUUACAAAUAGUUGAUGUGUGCACACAGAUAUUGGACUGUGCUGGGGAUUUCUGUGAGUCUUUAGCAGACACUCUAGGGUUCUUUUUUUACAUCUCUGAGUAGUCUGCGCUUAUCUCUUGGCAUCAUCUUUGGUGGACGGCCACUCCUUGGGAGACAAGCAACAGUGCCAAAACUUUCUCCAUUUGUAGACAACUUCUCUGACUUUCGAUUGAUGAACAUCCAGACUUUUAUAGAUGGUUUUGUAUCCUUUUCCAUCUUUAUACAAAUCAACUGUCCUUAAUCGGAGGUCUUCAGACAGCUCUUUUGACCGAGCCAUGAUGCACAUCAGACAAUGCUUCUCAUCAAGACAUUUCUUACUAGGUAUGUGUUUUAUAGUGGGCAGGGCAGCUUUAAACCACUCAUGAGGGAUUGGGCACACACCUGACUUAAAAUGUUUGGUAAAAAUUAGUUUCAAUUGCUCUUUCAGUCUCAUUAGGCAGAGGGUUCAUUUACUUAUUGUAUCCCCCUUCUGUCUUUGUUUUCAUGCUAUCCUCAUUAUAAUAUGCAAAAAAACCUAUAAAUGUUAGGGUGGUUUUAGUUAAAGCAGACACUGUAUUUUCAUCUGUGUGAUUUUGACAAAGAUCAGAUCACAUUUGAUGGUGAUUUUAUGCAGAAAUUUGAGAAAUUCCAAAAGGUUCAGACACUUUUUCAUAACUCUGCAGAUGUCCAAUCCAUUUGGACAGGGAAAUGUUAACUGCCACCCUCCCAGCCCAAAUGCAUCAGACGUCUAUCGCCGUCAAUGUACUGGAACAUGACCCUAACCCGAAGCACAAGGCAAAUUCUGGAAAAUAAUUGACCCUGCAUAUGACACAACACAAACACCAUCAAUAUGCUAUUCACUGUGAGGGCAAUAAAAAAACGAUACACCAAUAAGCUUAUCUACGUUUGUGCAUGCUUUGCAUCACGGUGGCCUGAAUCACGUCUUACUCCUUUUCAUUUAAACGUCUUUAUCGACGGCGCCGUGUAUUUUGACCUCAAUGAGGGAACCGUACGGCCUUCGUCGUCAUGUCACGCCGUCGCGCACAGCAACGUACUAGCGAUGGCGUGGCCUAGCUUUGCCUUGUGGCUGUAAAAAUGGCCUCCUGCCUGCCCGGUGUUUUUUGCUGAGCUACGCGUGUACCUUAUUUAUUGUUAUUUAUGAUUUAUUUAUUCCCGUGUUUUAUUUUUUGGGUGGGAGGUUUAGCGAGCAUACACCUGUGGAAGAGGUGUUGUCCAAGCUAGCCUGGGAUUCUAACUGUUGCUCUCCUCAUAUUGGACGAUGAUGCUAUAUAAGACCAGUGUAUGUAUAUCUGCUUAUUGUGAAGAAGACUUGCAAUGUACUGACAAUAAAGGAUUAACACAA